AAAUUUACGAGAAAAGUAAAAAUAAAAUUAAAAUAGGCAUGCAGUCUCCACCUUACACUUUCUUCCCUUUCUUCUUCGCAAUCACUACAAUUUUCCAAUCCGAUUUUCCAUUUCUGAUUUUUUUCCCCAAUCGUUAAAUAUAGUAUUAAUCCCAAAUGCCAUUUUCUCCCAAAUAAUUGCUCAUUUUUUCAGCCUCCCAUUCACUCUCUGCGCGUCAAGAAAAUUUGCGAAAAAGAUUUCUUUUUUUAUGAGAGAGAAAGAGGGAGAGAGAGAAUGAGGAAACUGGUGAGAUAUACAACCAACCCUUUCUCGAGGAGGAUUGCCCGUUUUUAGGAACAUCAAGAACAAAUCAAAUUCCCCCUGUUUUUCUCUCCAAAAAUUCUGUCUUUUUCUUUCUGGAGGAGUCUCCCUUUUUUCACCAUUAUUAUAAAAUUUUGUAUUUCCUCUUUCCCUCCGCUUAUUUAUGAUCACGAUUUUUGAUGUGUAUGCAAUCACGGAGGAGGAAGAGGUAUUUGUAUAGAGAGAGAGAGAGAGAAUUGUAUUCAGAUACGAAGAGGAAAAAGGAUUUUGGGCUCUCAUAAUGUUUGAUGAUUGUUAUACUUUCUCAAAGGGUGGCGAUAUAUAAUUAGGGGCCUUCUCUCUCCUCUCUCUCUCUCUCUCUCUCUGCUUUUGCUGUUGUUCCCAGAAAGCAAGCAAGCAUUGCUAAAACAUGUCGAAAGUCCGGUGGUCGUUUCUAGGGCUAGAUUUGAGGGCACUGCUCUUCCUUUGCCUCGUUAUUCCCUCAGGCAUAGUCGGGAUAUACCUCCACGGCCAAAAGAUCACCUAUUUCCUCCGGCCGUUGUGGGAGUCGCCUCCGAAGCCAUUCAUAACCCUAACUCACUACUACCACGAGAAUGUCUCGAUGGAGACCCUCUGCAGGCUUCACGGGUGGGGGAUCCGUGACUUCCCUAGGCGCGUCUAUGAUGCUGUCCUUUUCAGUAACGAGGUGGACAUGCUCAAGAUCAGGUGGAAAGAGAUGUAUCCUUACAUCUCCCAGUUUGUGCUGCUCGAGGCGAACUCCACCUUCACUGCCCUACCAAAGCCCCUCAACUUUGCGUUGAACCGGGACAAGUUCAAAUUCGUGGAGCCUAGGCUGACCUAUGGGACGAUUGGCGGGAGGUUCAAGAAAGGCGAGAACCCUUUCAUUGAGGAGGCUUACCAGAGGCUGGCCCUUGACCAGCUGCUGAGGAUCGCGGGGAUAGAAGACGACGACCUCCUUGUUAUGUCGGACGUUGACGAGAUCCCUAGCCAGCACACCAUUAAUCUACUGAGAUGGUGUGACGACAUCCCUCCGGUCCUUCACCUCCAGUUGAAGAACUACCUUUACUCGUUCGAGUUCUUGUAUGACCUCAGGAGCUGGAGGGCCUCAGUCCAUAGGUACCAAAGGGGGAAGACAAGGUAUGCUCACUACCGCCAAACGGACUACCUCUUGGCCGACUCUGGCUGGCAUUGUAGCUUCUGCUUUCGUUACGUCAGCGACUUCAUCUUCAAGAUGAAGGCCUACAGCCACACGGAUCGAGUCAGAUUCUCUCACUACCUCAGCCCGAAGAGGAUUCAAGAACUGAUCUGCAAAGGUGCUGAUUUGUAUGAUAUGCUGCCUGAGGAGUACACGUUCAGAGACAUCAUAGGGAAAAUGGGCCCGAUUCCUCACUCACACUCGGCCGUUCAUCUGCCAUCGUACCUGCUGGAGAAUGCAGACGAGUACAAGUACCUUCUGCCGGGGAACUGCAUAAGGGAGAGUGGCUGAGGGGAUGCAGGGGGCUCAGAUUCUUGAAGAUGGCCGUGCCUCUCAUUGUGCAAAUGUGGCAAGGGAGAGGAGAGGGGUAGCCAAUGUAGGUACGUAGCUGAUCUUUAGAGGAGAGACGCUCUCUCUCUCUCUCUCUCGCCUUGUUUGCUGGCUCGCUUGUAUGUUUUUCGCCGGUUUCUGGCUCUGAAACACGAUGUGGUUUGCUUCUUUAACGAUGUUUUUGUUUAUUCAUUCUUUUUUUGUUUCGAAUUUUUUGAUGCUUGGUUGUAGGGUCUAUUUGAUCGAUGUAUGCUUGUCUUACAGCAGGUUGUUGAAGUAGUAGAUAUGUAUCGUGGCUGCUCACUACCUAGAAUUUGUGAUGAUAUAUAUAUAUAUAUGUAUAUGCUAACAUCGAUGUUUUAUUUUUUGAUUUUCGAUCAUAUAAUCUGUUUGUUUGGUUGAUUUCA